AUGGCUUCUCUUCUCCUCCGCCCCUUGAUGCGUCCUCAAACCCUAGGUCUGGGCCUAGGACUCUCUCUCGCAUCUUACCACGCCUUUCACCAGCGACCCAUACGUCUUGAUUCAAGCCCAUUCUCUUCCGACUCCUACAAGAGAGAUGCACAAACACCCGUGCUGAGCCGCGCCGGAAGCUUGAACCCGCGCGCUGUACGACAGAUUAGUUCAGGCUCCAUUAUUGGUACGAAUCGAAUGCUCUUGAUGCUAUACAAAGAAAGGCAGCUGCUAAACCGCGCCAUAGGAUUGUGUACAGGCUUGCUGGUCAGUACAUUCUCCAAGUCGCUGGCUCUGAUACUGGGCUUGCUGGUAGUUGGCGUACAGGGGCUGGGAUGGAACCCUAAUACAAAGCAGUGGGCAUCUAGCUAUGGCAUCAACGUGAUACCAUACAAUAGAUUGCAAAGGUACUUUACGAGCUUAGAUCUUCGCUCUGCUGUACAAGAUAACGUCGCAUUCAAGCUAUCUUUCGGGGCCACUUUCGCUAUGGCUUCCUUCAUGGAGUUUUAA